AUGUCUUUGUUCAAACUUUCCAUUGCAGCUCUGGCUGCAACCGCAACUGCAUAUCAACUCGUUGAGCAGCACAGCGGUCCAACGUUCUUUGAUGGCUUUGAUUUUGAUGAUGGUUCCGAUCCGACUCAUGGGUCUGUCAAUUACACCUCAAGAUUGAUUGCCGCGCCCGCGAAGUUGAUCGGCGUCGUCCUCAAUAACGAUGGUUCCGCCCCAUCUGCUUAUAUUGGUGUCGACCAUACAACAAUCACCGCCAAUCGCCCAUCUGUUCGUCUCACUGGAAAACAGUCUUACAAUCACGCUCUUGUGCUCGCUGAUAUCAAGCACAUGCCUAGCGGUUGUGGUGUGUGGCCGGCUCUCUGGUUGACUGGUUCCAACUGGCCUCUGAAUGGCGAAAUAGAUAUCGUGGAGCAGGUCAAUGGUCACGACUACAACACAGCCACCCUACACACUUCAGCAGACUGCGCAAUCACUGGCAACAUUAGCAGUGGUGAAUCUGACCUCUUCUCCGGCACUCUCAUGACGCCUGACUGUGACGUUAAUGCUCCAACUCAGAGCAAGAACGCUGGGUGUGGGAUUCGCGCCCCGUCAAAUGAGACCUUCACAGUUGGCAAUCAGAGCUGUGUUCACUCUACUGCCGGCAAUAUCUUCAACUCUCAGGGAGGCGGUGUCUACGCCAUGCUCUGGACGUCUGCCGGUGUCAGCAUCUAUUUCUUCCCUCGUGAUUACAUUCCGAACGACAUCAAAGCAAACACUCCUGACCCUUCAACUUGGACCUCCAAACCUCAGGCUGUCUUCUCUGGCAAUGGUUGUAACUUUGACAGUCAUCUCAAGGACCUUCAACUCGUCAUCAACACUGACUUUUGUGGAGACUGGGCUGGCAAUACAUGGGAGAGUGAUGGCUGCGCUUCAAAGACGGGCAUUGCUACUUGUGCUGAAUAUGUCCAAAUCAACCCCAAAGCCUUUGAGACUGCGUAUUGGCUCUUCAACAGCAUCUCGAUCUUCUCGAAUGAGACUGUGACGGACAACUAA